CAUCUUGCGUGAGGGCGCAGCGGUUCCUCCCCUUUCCGGCAGCACCGCGCGCUCCCAUUGGUCCGCCGGCGCUCGGCCAAUGGGAGGCGGCGAUGCUGGGAGGUGCCGGCGUGUGAGGAGCAUCGCGGAGCGGAGCGAUCGCGACCAUGCUGCGUCGCCAGGCCCGGGAGCGCCGGGGAGUACCUGCAGCGCCGGGCCAAGGAGCAGCAGCAGCAGCGGGCAGCGGGAGCGAAGGGAGAGCCUGAAGCGGGCGCUGGACGAGAAUCGGCUGCUGCCCACGGAGCUGCGGCACGAGGCGCUGGCCCUGCAGAAGGAGCUCGAGUUCGACUUCCAGGCACCAGGGGAGACAGGUGACAGCCAGGAUGACGAGUACAGGUGGGCGGGGCUGGAGGCUCCCAAGGUGAUGGUGACGACGUCACGUGACCCCAGCGCCCGCCUGCGGCUCUUUGCCAAGGAGCUGUGCCUGCUGCUGCCCGGGGCUCGCCGCAUGAACCGCGGCCGUGCCGAGCUGGGCGCUCUGGUGGCGGCGUGCCGGGCCGCGGGCGUCACCGACCUGCUGGUGCUGCACGAGACCCGCGGGCGGCCCGACGGGCUGACCGUGUCUCACCUGCCCCACGGCCCCACUGCCCACUUCACCCUGAGCGGGGCCGUGCUGCGCCAGGAGGUCGGGGGGCUCGGGGGGGCCCCGCUGGCCGCCCCCCACCUGCUGCUGCUGCGCCUGGACUCCACGCUGGGGAAAAGGGUCGGGACCAUCCUGAAGCACCUGUUCCCCGUUCCCCGUGCCGACAGCCGCCGCGUGGUGACCUUCGCCAACGAGGACGACGUCAUUUUAGUGCGGAACCACGUGUACCGGCGCCGGGGGCGCACGGUGGAGCUGGAGGAGGUGGGACCCCGAUUCCAGCUGAGGCGUGAGUGUCCCCCGCUGUCCCCAACAACCUUAAAAAUGUCCCCAAUGUCCCACCAACCCCUCCCCGUGUCCUCCCCCCCAGCCUACCUGAUCCGCCUGGGGACCCUGGAGCAGGGGGACGCGGCCGACGUGGAGUGGCGCUGGCACCCGUACACGGCCACGGCCCCCAAACGCCGCCUGCUCAGCGCCACCUGAGCCCCCCAGGACCCCCCCAGGUGGGACCCACCUGCACACCUGAGACCACCUCGGCAGCUGAGACCCCUCUGGACCGGCCCAGGCACGGCUGGGUUUCUCACAAUCGGUUUUUAUUUUUUGCCAUAAUAAAUGGGUUUUGUCUA